AUGGCGGUGGUGGGGCUGGACGUGGGCUCGCAGAGCUGCUACGUCGCGGUGGCCCGGGCCGGGGGUAUCGAGACCAUCGCCAACGAGUUCAGCGAUCGCUGCACCCCGGCAGUCAUAUCCUUUGGAUCAAAGAACAGGACGAUUGGAGUUGCAGCUAAAAACCAGCAAAUCACUCAUGCAAACAACACAGUCUCCAACUUCAAGAGGUUUCAUGGCCGGGCCUUCAGCGACCCCUUCAUUCAGAGGGAGAAGGGGAAUUUAAGUUACGAUUUGGUUCCAAUGAAAAAUGGCGGUGUUGGAAUCAAGGUCAUGUAUAUGGACGAAGAACAUCUGUUCAGUGUGGAGCAGAUUUCAGCCAUGCUGCUGACCAAGUUAAAGGAGACUGCUGAGAACAAUCUGAAGAAACCAGUGACAGACUGUGUCAUUUCAGUCCCCUCCUUCUUCACAGACGCGGAGAGGCGGUCAGUGUUGGAUGCAGCCCAGAUUGUCGGCCUGAACUGCCUGAGGCUCAUGAACGACAUGACUGCGGUGGCUCUGAAUUAUGGGAUCUAUAAGCAGGACCUUCCAGGCCUGGAUGAGAAACCUCGGAUCGUGGUUUUUGUUGAUAUGGGACACUCGGCAUUUCAAGUUUCUGCCUGCGCCUUUAAUAAGGGAAAAUUGAAGGUCCUGGGAACGGCCUUUGAUCCUUUCUUAGGAGGAAAGCAUUUUGAUGAAAAGUUAGUGGAACACUUUUGUGCAGAAUUUAAAACCAAGUACAACUUGGAUGCAAAAUCCAAAAUCCGAACCCUGCUUCGCUUAUAUCAGGAGUGUGAGAAACUGAAAAAGCUGAUGAGUUCUAUCAGCACGGAUAUCCCUUUAAACAUCGAGUGCUUCAUGGAUGACAAGGACGUGUCGGGAAAGAUGAACAGGUCCCAAUUUGAGGAACUGUGUGCUGACCUCCUGCGGAAGAUUGACGCGCCCCUUCGUGCGCUGAUGGAGCAGACACAGCUGAAAGGUGAUGACAUCAGCGCUGUUGAGAUCGUGGGAGGCACUACCCGCAUCCCAGCUGUGAAGGAAGCCAUCGCCAGGUUCUUUGGGAAGGACGUGAGCACAACGCUGAACGCGGAUGAAGCCGUGGCCCGUGGCUGUGCUCUACAGUGUGCCAUCCUCUCCCCAGCCUUCAAGGUUAGAGAGUUUUCUGUCACUGAUGCCAUCCCAUUCCCGAUAUCUCUGUUCUGGAACCACGGUUCUGAAGACACCGAGGGCGUUCACGAGGUCUUCAGCCGGCACCACUCGGCCCCGUUCUCCAAGGUCCUCACCUUCCUGAGAAGAGGACCCUUUGAGCUAGAAGCCUUCUACUCAGAUCCUCAAGGAGUCCCCUACCCAGAAGCAAAAAUAGGCCGCUUCGUAGUUCAGAACGUUUCCUCCCAGAAAGAUGGAGAGAAAUCUAAAGUGAAGGUCAAGGUGCGGAUCAACACCCACGGCAUCUUCACCGUGUCGACGGCGUCAAUGGUGGAGAAGGUCCCCAUCGAGGAGAGUGAGGCGUCCUCUGUGGAAGCAGACGUGGAGUGUCCAAGCCAGCGCCCCACAGAAAACCCAGAUGGUGAUAGAAAUGUCCAGCCAGAGAGCAGUGAAGCCGGAACACAGCCCCAGGUACAAACUGAUGGCCAACACACCUCCCAGACACCCCCUCCACCAGAACUUAGCUCCGAAGAAAACAAAAUCCCCGACGCCGACAAGGCAAGUGAAAAGAAAGUUGACCAGCCUCCAGAAGCCAAAAAGCCUAAAAUAAAGGUGGUGAAUGUGGAGCUUCCCGUGGAGGCCAGCCUGGUGUGGCAGUUGGGGAAGGACCUUCUGAAUCUGUACAUUGAGACCGAGGGUAAGAUGAUAAUGCAGGAUAAGCUGGAAAAAGAACGGAACGACGCUAAAAAUGCGGUGGAGGAAUAUGUGUAUGAGUUCCGGGACAAGCUGUGUGGCCCCUAUGAGAAGUUCAUCAGUGAGCAGGAUCAUCAGAAUUUUCUGAGACUCCUCACAGAGACUGAGGACUGGCUGUAUGAAGAAGGAGAAGACCAAUCGAAACAAGCGUACGUGGACAAGUUGGCCGAGCUAAUGAAAAUUGGCUCUCCAAUUAAAGUCCGCUUUCAAGAAGCAGCAGAACGGCCUAAGCUGUUGGAAGAGCUGGGACAGCGGCUGCAGCACUUUGCCCAGAUCGCAGCCGACUUCCGAGCCAAGGAUGAGAAAUACAACCACAUCGAUGAGUCUGAAAUGAGCAAGGUCGAGAAGUCUGUUAACGAAGUGAUGGAGUGGAUGAAUAACGUCAUGAACGCUCAGGCGAAAAAGAGUCUUGAUCAGGAUCCUGUGGUACGCGCUCAGGAAAUUAAAGCAAAAGUGAAGGAAUUGAACAGUGCUUGUGAGCCUGUCGUCACUCAACCCAAACCCAAAAUUGAAUCCCCCAAACUGGAAAGAACUUCAAAUGGCCCAAACACAGACAGAAAAGAAGAUGACGUCGAAGGCAAAAACCACUUUGGUGCUGAUGCUCCUCAUUCGAAUGGUGACUGUUCUUCCAAGGAGAAGAGCUCCAUCCACAUGGACUUGGACUAG